AUGCACGGCCCUAUCACCCAGCGGUUCGUCCUCACUGGCUUCCUGACCACCGUCAUCGCCGCCAUCGCCGCCACCGCCCAAUCUUCCAAUGCUACCGCCAACAAUGUCAUCGUUUCCAUACCGCCCAGCGAUACGGUCGUUCUUCCGGCGACUUUCUCAAGCAACUAUUCGCUGAGGUUCGUCGACACGGUCAUCCCGCCCUCGUCCCCGGUCGACACCCUUCUGGCCUCGGCUGAAAACGCCACGUUCAUAUCCUACUCACAAGACUUCCUGGACAUUCUGGGACCCUCACCUUCCGCUCGACGGAUCGCAGGCCCCCUUGAGGCCGAGUUCGCGUAUGAAGCGGGUGCUUAUGACCCCGAACUCAACAGCGUCUGGUUUACCGGAUCAGACCCCACGGAAAGCAGCUUGACGUCCUACGAAUCGGUACGCAUUGUUUUGAACAUCAACCUCACCAGCUAUGAGGUUUCUGUGCCGAAUCUGACGGCACCUGUGCUGGUCGCCAACGGUGGAAUCUACCACGACGGCAAGAUCUACAUCUGUCACUGGGGAAACUAUACCUACGCCGGCGGCAUCGUGGCCAUCGACCCCGAGAGCGGCAACACCACGACCGUGGUCAACUCGUAUUUCGGGUUGCGACUCAAUGGCCCCGAUGAUAUGGCGUGGACGACCGGUCCGGACAACACUUCGGACCCAGUGAUGUUCUUCUCCGACGUGGAUUACAGCGCACUCCUCAACUUCACCGGCCCUGCGCAGCUGCCCAAUGCAAUUUGGCGCUUCAACCCGACCCUCAACUCUCUGCAGCCAGUGAUUUCGCGCGCCGAGAUAAAUUCGCCCAACGGCAUUGCGGUGUCGCCCGACGGCAAAAGACUGUAUGUGACGGACUCUCCAGUCUCCAAUCUCCAGGGUUCCGGGCCCGGUAACACCACCGGCUCCGCGGCGGUCUUUGUCUGGGACCUCGACGACACGGUGACCCCGGUCUCCAAACGCAUGUUUUCGCUCGCAAGGACGGGCAUCCCGGAUGGGAUCAAGGUCGAUCGAUCGGGCAGAGUGUGGACGGCAGAGACCGAGGGAAUCAUGUGUCGUGAUGCGACGGGCCGGCUGCUGGGAUUCAUCAAUGCCAAAGUGCUCGACUCCACCGCUGUGCCCGUUGCCAAUUUUGCCCUCGCAGGAAACAAGAUCAUUGUGUUGGCGGUCAACCAAAUAUGGGAGGUCGAGGUCGCGGAGGAGCUAAGUUGGAUACAGUGA